AUGACCAAUUCCCGUAAAAUGUGUCUUCGUGGAUGGAGAUUGUCAUUAACUCCCUCCAUAUCGCUUGUGUCUGGUGCCUGCUUAGAGGCACGCCGUGGUGCGUUCAACAAGUUUGAGGCUGUAGACUUUGCUGGUCGUUCACGUAAUGUCUCUAAUGCCUUCAACCCUCUUGAGUUAAAUCUUUUUGAUGACCCUACUGGUGGACUUGCUGCUGGCCCUGCGGAGGAGUUAUCGACGACGGAGAUUGAGCACCAGGUUCGCCUGUACGUAUCUGCCUACUCCCGCUCCCUCUUCUAUCUCCUGUACACACCCUUUGUAGAUGUGAUCUCCGUCCUUUUAGAGCGUGGCCUUGUGCCGGACACGGCGCGUGCGGGUGAAGUGAUGUGUCGCUGGUUUACGGAUGGUGCGCUGACGCUUCAGAACCCGACGUGCGUGGAGGCGGCGAUGGGGCCGGCGGCGUGGCGGGAACUCUGCGCGGGUCUCGACGACUUUUACGCCGACGUGGCGGCCGUUCUUCCCCUGCCGGCGGCGGCGCAGCGCCACGGACUGGCGGCGGAACUUCUCGUGCCGUUCAUGCGGCAACUCGCGAUGGAGCUGCUCGUGCCGGCGCGGCGGCGGGCGGUGGUGGCGGUCCUCCCCGGCCUCGUCCUCGGGCUCGCGAACGGCCGCGCCCCACCCGCCCUCGGGCUGCACCCCACCGACCAGCGGGCCCGCGCCGUCGCCACCGCCGAUCUCUUUCUCAGCGCCGGGCAGGAAACGGGAAAUACAGAUCUCGCCUAUCUCGGCAUUCAACUCCUGCGCGCGAAUGAUAUUCCAGUGCCGUUUCCCAAACAGAAACAGCUUACAAACGUCUUUGCCGCAGCAACACGCAUUCAGACAGACUGGCAAAUGCGGGUUAGUGGACAGCUGGUGGAAGUACUCCCAAAGUGGAUGGAAUACUACAAGAAGGUACAUAACGAUAACGUGAAUGCCAUGAAGCGACUUCACGAAAAGGAUUCUGCAGAAGCAACCGUAGCAGUAGGAGAGAAAUUCUCAGAUAAAAAUGAAACCAAGAAAUUGGCAUCUAAGAAUAAUCCUGAAAAAACCAAUACAACCACUACCACCACCACCACUACUUCUCGUGAUACUAUAAGCAAGAGUAAUAGAAACUCUCAGGAUGAUGAGGGUGUGCAUGACUAUUUUACGAGUCAUAGGGCAGAAAAUUUAGUUCGUCUCUCAGAUCUCGAAAAUCGUAUUUUACAAUGUGUGCGCAAUCGAGAAACUGCCUGGAGUGAUGAAAACAACAAACUUUACUCACGUUUUAGAAGAAAAAGAAGUGGUAACGUUGGGGAACUAAAGAAGGAGAGAGCGGGAGAGGAAGAGGAAGUGGAAGUGGAGUUGGAAGAGGACAAUGAUGAUAAUGAUAUUGUGGAAAGGGUGAAUGCAGAAAAUGUUGGGGGAAAGAGACACUCGCGUAAAAAGGCAGAGGGACAAAAGUCGAAAGGAGAUAGUAAUAAUAGAGAUUGGGAUGACGAUGAUGGUGAUGAAAACAAUAGCAAGUCUAAUGGUUUACAUCUUGGGAAAACGAAGAAAACCAACACUUCUUUAGAGUUUGAAGAGAUAUCACCAGAACCUGCAUCCCGUUCGAAUAAGGUCUCUAAACGGAGUGAGCAACCGAAAAAUACGAAAAGAGGAGGGAAAAAGGAGAUUGAAGAGAAAAAGAAGAAUCCCAAACAAAAAGGAGGAAAGAGAAAAGGGAACACAAACACCAAAGCUUGUGAAAACGACGAAAUGGAUGAAAUACCAUACAAAGAAAACAUGGUGUUUGGUGUAUGA